UAUACAGUACAAUAUAGCUACCAAUAGCCAAAAGUCGAGACCUUGCCAACGGAACAACGAACUAAAUUGUUUUAAAAGAAAAAACGAAACAGAUUUCGACCUUCAAUCAUCUGGUCCUCUACACAAACUCAAGGACAACUCGAACGUCGGACGUCGGACGACAGCGGCGUUGUUCAGACGCACAGUCCUCUCUUAGUUCCUCUCUAUUGAGGAUAUACAGUUUCAUCCCCAAAACCGUUUUCUGGUCAAAACGAUGAGGAUCAGUUCAACAAGCUAUUACGUCUUCUUUUAAUCGUUCCUUCAUUGCCCAUUAUACUUCCCAGCAUUCGGUCAUCCGCCAUUUGGGCCUCAGUAACAGUUAUGUAGCCUGUGACUCGCAGGUCGCAAUACAGUUCAGCAAACGGCAAAAUCCAAUUGACAAAGAACAGACAAUACAAUACCACGUUUCCGCUGGCUGUUUCCCCUACAAAGACACAUAGAAUCUCCAUCAGUCUGCCGUAUUCAUCAGUUGUAGUUCUCAUCACUACUUGUCUCGGUUAUCCCCCACUUCAGGACUUUAGGCUCUAUGGAGCAUUGAAGAAGCUACAACUUCCUAUUCCCCGCUUCCCCGAAUCGACAUCCGGACGCUCGAUAUUGCAUAGUAAACAACAGAAAAGUUAUAUCACUAUCAUAAUUAUAGACUUUCAGAUUCCAAGGCGGUCGUGGAGCGUCAAUGGGCACUGGCCAGGCAGAGCAACAACCAACCUUCUACUUUCUUUUCCAUCAACCAUCAAAUUUGAAUUCAAGACGGUUUCACAACCACCUUACCUCGUGUUUUUGUGCAGUGUGUCUCUCUGCCGUUGUUAUCUCAUCCCACAACACACAGGCACAGUACUUCACAGAGAACUACUAAUUAGCUCGCCCUCGCUUAUUCUAGGUGGGGUGUACCAGAGAAAGUGGGGUGUAGCUCCGCAAUCUGGGAUCAUGAUUUAAGUGUGGCGGAUCGAUAAUAGUAAUGUCGACACUAUCGCUAUCUCAAAGCACCUCUUCGCAUAUGGAAUAGGGACGAUGGGUGUCCUUGAGGCCCCCCAGUGGAAUUAGCGUUGGACAAUGGAGUGAGGAAAUGGAUGGAAUGUGGAAUGUGAGAUGGCAAAUGGUGAGUGAACAAUAGACAUUGGGGCCUAGCAUAUAAGGCGGAAAAAUCAAAGGAAACCUCCAGGCAGAAAUAAGGUAGCGUAUCAACAUCAUAUCCGCAUACUCAUCGGACACAUCGCAUAGCAUCAAGAGUAUGGUAUAUUAAACUAUGUGAUCUCUCAUGUUAAUCACUUGAGAGGGACAUCUAUCGUGCGACAGCAAGCUAAUACUUUUUAGCACAGAGAAGGAAGCAUCAAUAAUCAGCGGCUCGCAUGAUGAAGCACUUGGGGAGAUAGUCCAUCAGGGAGUGAUCGGUUGAUGGCAUUAUGUCUUGUUUCGCAACCCCGCCUUUGCCGAUCUGUACCUGACUAAAGCCAUGCAUCUCUUCUCUCGGCGCGUUUCGAAGACAAUAGCCUGUGCCAUGUCCCAAUUUCUUCCCUCUCUCCGAGCUCCGACCGCCUUUUGCGCCCUCGACACUUUCCCGGGCUGCUCGUCCUCACGCUCUGGGGAGACACACAUCAGAAAGAUCGCUGCGAACAUCAUGCACCGGAUACUGGGUAUUGGCAUUCGGGAUUGGGGAGUGGGUACAAGAUAGUCUAGUCACCCCGGUUUCGUAUCUCACAUUACCAUCAAGUUUCGGAUCCCAUAUUUGUAGACUGAUCCUCAUCUCCCAGCCACUCAACAUCCAUCUGUAGACCAACAGUGCACAGUGCAGACCUUGCAUCUUUCACCAGCUACUCAUUUCCUGUGACUACAGAGUAAAGAGGUACACCAGCCAUCAAUACUUUUAUAGCUCCGCUACUUUCUAUGUCAUGCCCAACAUUGAUUUCAAUUUGAAGACCCACGACAACGCCUUCGAAAACGACGACGUCUUUGACUCUUCCUUUUCCUUCAUGAACAUUGAUACCAGUAUGGAUUACUACCUCGCCAGCCCCCCUGAAGGUGCCAAGUCUCCAGGGACCAGUGGAAACCAACCCCAUGAAGGUGCCAAAGAACCCUCGGAUGACCGCUUUUCGUUGUCCCCACUGACAAUGAACGAUCAAGCCAUGCAGCCUCUUGACAUUUCCAAUACGGUUUAUUCUUAUCCACCGUACGCUCUUACAUACCAGCAUCAACAGGCUAUUGGCAUCACAGGUGCGAAUAUUGGAUCACAUCACCCUGUUAUUUACCAGCCUUAUCGUCCUGGCACCAGCGGUGACUUUACAAAGCGUCCCCUUCGCUCACCCGAAUCACCGUCUCUCUCAUCAUCUCCACACGGUUCGAUUGAGUCCAGUCGUCUGUCUUUUAGCGCUCCUAACGCUGCUUCUCCUUCUCUUGUAUCUCCCGGCAGCCUGUCUGGUAGCAUACCUGAUCCUUCGCCCACUCAUUCUUAUGCAGGUUAUCACGCUCCGUUUUAUUCAAGCGCGCCAUCGGUGGGUAUGCCGGGCACGGGUAUGAGCAGGGGUAAUAUCUCCCCUACCGGUCCAGGUUUGAGUAUGGUGGCAGGUUUCCCGUAUCCAACUUCGAUGGUGUCCCAACAACAGGGAUCAGAAACUGGACCUAUGCGGAGCCAACGAAGCCGCACGAGGGGGAAGAAGGUGAAGGAAGAAGACGUAGAUGAUGAUGACGACGACCAUAGCUCGAAGGGCCUAGGAUUAACCAAUGAGCAUGAAGAUCGAGUGCCAGUCUCUAAUAAACGAGAAGACGUCCGUAGAGCUAGAAUCGAAAGCGAGCAGCGUAGACGAGACGAACUCCGCGAAGGCUUUAAAAGGCUUAAAGACGCGUUACCAAUAACUAAUCAAAGAUCAUCAAAGUCCAGCUUGCUCGAUCGUUCUGUAGCCCACAUUCAGGCAAUCGAGGGCGCUAAUCGAUAUCUUCUUGCACAACUUGAAGAACAGCAAAAGGAGUGUGCGAAACUCCGGGAAAUUUUACAUGGCGAGGUCAUGCAGAGAAACGUUUCCGAUAGCCCUGAUCAACCUGGUCAGAGGCACCAUUAAGAAGCCUUUGCAUUUGACCCUGUUAUCGUAAUUGAUUGAGAGCUUUCUCAAUCCGCAUGAUGAAUGGAAAAUCUUUCUUUCCCAUAUUCAUUGACUCCUUAUCGGUCGCUUUACCUAUCACAACAAUCGUAUUUCUCGUUUCGUGCUGCAAGUUCAAAUGCCAGCCUCGCUUCACUUCUAUGGCUUGGUUUUCAGUCCUUUGAUCAAGAUUCUAUCACUGUACAACAUCACUUCCAUCCAGGGUACACACUACCUAGAAUGUGUAUAACUUCUCCUGCAUCCACGGCCGGCUCUCCUCAUGUUCAACUCCGCGACGAUCGCUACUAGUCCAUAUACGCUGUACUUUCAACAAAUCCAACGAUUCAGUCCAAUUGACGAGCCAUUCCGCAAUUUACGAACCCAUUCCACGACUUACGAGCCCAUUCCACGACUUACGAACUCACGACAGGUUUUUUGCGGCUCAAGCAUGUUUCUUCCGUUUUCUUAAUGGUUCUGGUUUGGUCAUUUCUCCGUGUGUAUCAUACAGUACACCCCCCUUGGCUUUUCUCUUCAACGACUGUACACACCAAAUCUUAUGUCAAGAUCGCAACCCUGACAGGAGCAGGGUGUUUACUUCACUUUUUCUUGUUUCAAGAGCGGUCGAUGGAUUUUGACUUUACCGACGCAAACUUGGAGAUAACGCUUUGCCUCAUUCUAAUGAUGAAAAGGUUAACGCUGCUUUGGCUUACCCUCAACAGGCUGCCAUUGGAUCUCCGUUAUCAUCUUUAUUCAGUAACCCUAAUCCCAUGCUCAUCCCCAAGCUUCAACUUGAGUACAAGGGAUGUGAGUGAAUAGGGGGACUGUUGAACCGUUCCUGGCAGUAGCGCUUCUUGCCUUUCCAUUUGCGCAAAGUGCGGUCAUUUGGUGAAGAGUUGCGUGGUAGCUUUAAAGAGGUACUUGGACUGCCUUCGGGAAAUGCGCCAGGGACGAUAAGAUGAUGGCUGUUUAUGGGUGUAAAUAUGUUGACGGCCUCUGUCCCCUGUAUUUGAUUCCUCGUACUUUGCCGUAAAAGAUUUCUGAAUAGGUUUAGUUCUAGCUAUCGAAUUGUGUACCUCUCAAGUCAUUUCCUUUUCCUCCUGACGCUACCUGGCUUGUGUACUACAAUAACACUGUAACGGCAUUGCAAUAGCAUUGUAUAUACGCUACCCUCAUUCUUACACUUAUAUCUCUCGUGAUUCCGUUUUGCUUCAGCUUUCACUAGACGGAAGUCGGUAAAUGGGUUGGCUUUUCUUGUUGGGAAAAUGGACUGAUGAGUCUCGAGGGAACUGGAUAAGGUUAUGAACGGUUAUGAUUUUUAUGAAUAAUUACCUCAUUGUACUAAGCAUUGGACCCCGAUCAAGGUCAUAUCAGGAACGAGGUGG